AUGGGCAGGUGGAUUCAUGGGUUGGGCUCACCCUUGUCGAUUUCGUCAUGUCACCUCAGGACGCUAUCUCGGCUUGACGGCAGACAAUCAAGUGACCAUGCUACAUAGAGACGAUGCCUCAGAUGAAACUACAGCCUUCUUCCUUAGACAGUCCAAAGAUGACCGCAAGCACUCAGAGGCGCGCGAAGAUGAGGGGAUGGGCACGGCCGACAUCAAAUAUGGCGAUUCCAUUGUUUUUCUGCAACACUGUCAGACGGGGUUGUGGCUUUCCUAUCAAACUUUCGAGACGAAGAAGAAAGGAGUGGGCAGAGUAGAGGAAAAGAAGGCUGUCAUGCUUGUUGAGGGCCACAUGGAUGAUGGCUUGUCUUUUGUUCGAGCUCAAGAGGAGGAGUCUAGAUCGGCAAGAGUUAUCAGGAAAUGCCAGUCCCUCUUUCAUAGAUUCAUCAAGGCUCUGGAUGCCUUGAAAACUGAAGGCCGCAGCAACCCCUCCUGGCAAAGAGUUAACCUCAGUGAGGUCAUCAAAUGUCUUGAAGACCUCAUUGAGUAUUUCGCACAGCCACAGGAAAAUGAGGAACAUGAAGAGAAACAACUAAAACUAAAAGCAUUGAGAAACAGGCAGGAUCUUUUCCAAGAGGAGGGUAUGAUCGCCUUAAUUUUGUCAACCAUUGACAACUUCAGUCGAUUUCACAGCAGAAGACAUUUCGCAAACUAUGCUGGUGAGGAAGCUGCCAACACUUAUGAGGACAUUUCUGGUUAUCUUUAUCUGUUACUUGCUGCUAUGAUCCGAGGUAACCGAGCCAACUGUGCCCAGUUUGCAGACUGCAAUCGACUGGACUGGCUGGUGAACAGACUAGAGAGCCAGCAGUCUUCUCAGGGUGUCCUGGAGGUCCUCCACUGUGUACUGAUUGACAGUCCUGAGGCUUUGAAUAUGAUCAAAGAACAACACAUCAGGACCAUUAUCUCACUCAUAGACAAGCAUGGAAGGGACCCAAAGGUUUUGAACGUCCUUUGCUCCCUGUGUGUUGGAAAUGGUGUUGCUGUAAGAUCUAAUCAAAAUCUCAUCUGCGAUAAUCUCCUCCCCACAAGGGAUCUUCUGCUGCAAUCACAACUGGUGGACCAUGUCUCAAGCAUGCACCCCAAUGUAUAUGUGGGCCUCCAGGAAGGGUCUGCCAUGUAUAAAAAGUGGUACUUUGAAAUCGCGGUAGAGUAUGUAGAAACUGUCACUCACCUACACCCUCACAUCAGGGUGGGCUGGGCCAAUACCACAGGCUUUUGUCCAUUCCCAGCCGGGGGUGACCGCUACGGUGCAAAUGGGGUUGGUGAUGACCUGUACUCUUAUGGGUUUGAUGGAGGCAGUUUAUGGACAGCUGGCAAGCCUAAAACUGUGCGUUUGACCAGUCAAUACCUAGUGAAGGGGGACAUCAUUGGUUGUGCUCUAGAUCUCACCAUCCCAAAGAUCUCAUUUACUGUCAACGGAGUACGAGUCAAGGGCUUCUUCAAGGACUUCAACCUGGAAGGGCUGUUCUACCCUGUUGUCAGUCUCUCUGCCAAAGUCAGCUGCCGUUUCAUGCUUGGGGGAGAACAUGGCCGUCUGAAACAUGGGCCGCCAGAAGACCAUGCCCCCAUCUCUGAGGCUCUGCUACCCAGAGAAAAACUCAAGAUCCAGCCUUCCUUCCAUUUUGGCAACAUUCCCAAAGGAGUGUUGUGUGGGCCGUCAGAGAUACAGUCAUAUACUUUUGUUCCCAAUCCUGUGGAUACAUCACAAAUUCAGCUUCCAACUUACAUAGAGAAUGUGAGAGAUCGUCUGGCAGAGAAUAUCCAUGAACUGUGGGCCAUGGGGAAGAUAGAGCAGGGAUGGAUAUCAGGAGAGAUGCGAGAUGAUCAGAGGAAAAUACAUCCUUGUCUAACAACCUUUGAGAGAUUACCUGCUGCUGAAAGAAAAUAUGAUAUAACGCUAGCUUAUGAGACUUUGAGAACCUUGUUGGCUCUGGGCUAUCAUAUUACAAUAGCAUCGCCUGAUCAGAUACCAAGAUUGAAAACCCUCAAAUUACCAAACAAUUAUCUCCAGUCCAGUGGCUACAAACCCACCCCUCUGGACCUGUCUGGUAUAGUACUGGAUGAUAGGAUGCAUGACCUGGUGGAGCUGCUGGCAGAGAAUACUCACAAUGUGUGGGCCAGGGACAGGAUCAAACAGGGAUGGACAUAUGGACUGGCAGAGGAUUCAAAGAACAGACGCUCACCCCAUCUUAUUCCCUAUGCAAAAGUGGAUGAAGCAAUAAAAAGGGCCAACAGAGAAACUGCCAGUGAAACAGUCAGAACUCUGAUUGCCUAUGGUUACAACUUGGAACCACCAACAAAUGAAGGUGGAGAGGGUGGUUUAGCGAAUGAGAUGACCACAAAGAAACAAGCCACAAGAACCUACCGAGGCCAACUCACAUAUGCUGUAACCAGUGGAAAAUGGUACUAUGAGUUUGAGGUGAUCACUCCAGGCUAUAUGAGAGUAGGUUGGACAAAAGUGUCCUGCAAACCUGAUGCAGAAAUUGGAGAAGACGAUAAAUCCUAUGCAUUUGAUGGCUAUAUGGCCAGGAAGUGGCACAAUGGCUCUGAGGCCUAUGGGAAGACAUGGCAGGCAGGAGAUGUGAUUGGUUGCAUGUUGGACAUCCCAGACAGAACCAUCAGUUUCUCUCUCAAUGGGGAAGCCAUGAUGGAUCCAAUGGGUCAAGAAAUUGCAUUCAAGGAUAUUGAUGUCUCAGAGGGCUAUGUUCCUGUCUUCACGCUGGGCCAGUCUCAGCAAGCCAAGCUCAAUUUUGGUCAGGAUGUGAACUCACUGAAAUAUUUCACCUGCUGUGGUCUUCAGGAAGGCUAUGAACCUUUCUGUGUCAACAUGACUAAGCAGAUGACACUAUGGUACAGCCAAGACAACCCAAUCUUCAUGCCAGUUCCCAAAGAUCAUCACAGGAUAGGUGUCUCUAGAAUGCCUGGGGGGUCCAACACCCCACCAUGCCUGAAAGUGGUCUCCAAAAACUAUGGUACCCUUGAAAAAGUGCAGCUGGAAUUUAUCAAGUUGAAUCUUCCCAUCAAGUGCCAUGAUGAAUUCAGGCCAAGGAUUGAGGCCAAAAUGAACUUUGAGAAUCUCCGCCGUGGACAGAUGGACAUCUCGGAGGAGCAGGGACUGACCAAUGGGUAUAAAGAUGGCGAAAGUGCACACAAAGUCAUCGCAGAUUCAUUGCGGAGACUGCUUUACUCAAGCUCACGGGAAAAUUCUCUAGACAAACGGAACGGGUUAAAAAAUUAUUCCAGUGAAAGUGAUGACAGACGGCAGUCAAAAAUGAGUGAGUCUGCAAGCUCCGGUACUGAAUUACAGCGUGGCUACACGGAGGAUUAUAGCAUAGAUGCUGGAGAAAGGAGAAAGGUAUUUGGUGGGUCGAGGGGAGGCAAACCUCACUCCUUGGAUAGUUCUCUUGGGUCCCCUGUUAGUGAUAUGGAGCUAGAAGACAGCAUGCUCACAGUGCCCACAAGCAAAGAAAAAAGCUCAUCUAAAUUUUCACUUUUAGAAAACUUCCAGGAUGCCUCGCGUCAAAUUAGUUCAUUGGAAAAACCAACCAAGCGGUCAAAGUCCCCAUUCAGUUUAUUCAAGAAAUCUCGCUCGAGGGACCCCAGUCCAAGUGAACGGGGAGACAAGAAGAAGGACAAGAAAUCCAGAACUCUUCCUUCAAAAGUUGGCAGAGGGGACUCCAUGGAUGACAGUCUUGUGACCCCCUCAAUCAAUAUCCAGGAACACAGGGAUGACGCAGGCUAUCCCGGACUUUCACUUCAAAAAUCUUUCAGUGAAGUCAGUUAUGGCUCAGAUGCAGAUUCACAAUCAGAAGUGAUGGACCCUGACAUCAAUGUGUCAGAAGUCUUUGACUACUACUAUGGAGUGCGUGUUUUCCCAGGACAAGACCCAUCCCAUGUUUGGGUAGGGUGGGUCACUUCAGGGUAUCACUUCCAUCAGAAGGAAUUUCAAAUGAAGAAAGUGAGAAAUGUUGUUGUAUGCACACUGGAUGCUGAUUAUCAUUUAAAAACCAGUGUAAGCCGAAAGAAUUGUUACAUGGUGUCUGCUGGCGACUUACAGCAGAGAUAUGGCCAGCAGGAACAGACAGCAGGCUUGAGGAGAGUGUCGCCAGGACUUCUCAUUGGUUCAUUUAUUGAUGCUUCUACUGGACUGCUCAGCUUUACUGUGAAUGGCAAGGAAGUAGCAAACAAAUUCCAGGUAUGUGAUAUAUAG